UUCAUGUGUCGCAGAUUUUAAAAAGUGAGGCAGGAGAGCGGCUGGAGUUUCUGAGCGAGGGGAGGCGCAGAAGCUUAGCGGAAAAAAAAAAAAAAAGAAAACUAGGACUCUCGGAGGGAGCCGUGGAUAAACACUUAGCGCUCUGUUUUUUAUUCUCCUUCUUCUUCUUAUUAUUAUUCGUCCAUCCUCCUUCCCCCCCCAAACUACUUUAUUCCCGCACGUCGGGAAGUAAACAAGCAGGGAUCCAGUUGCGUCCUGUUUGGACCGUCGCGAUGGAGCUGUCAUCUAUUGGAGAGCAAGUGUUCGCUGUCGAGUCAAUUACAAAGAAGAGAAUCAGAAAGGGUACUGUGGAGUAUCUACUGAAAUGGCAGGGAUGGCCCACAGAGUACAGCACUUGGGAGCCAGAGGACAACAUUUUGGACCCGCUCUUGGUCCUGGCUUACGAAGAGAACCAGGAGAAGCUCAGAUCUCUGAGCUUUCGAAAGAAAGGUCUCAGACCCAGGAAGCUGGUGCUGCGGAACAUUUUCGGCAUGGACCUCCGGAGCGCCCACAAGGAUGACGAGAAGGCCCCGCCUCGCCUGCGCCUGUCCCUCACCAGAUCCAUGAGCACGGACGUGGAGCAGGCGUGCCGGCGCCGGGCCCGGAGGAGGAACAGACAGAGAGUGACCAAAGCCUUCCCAAAACACUCUUCCAACAAGCCAAUCCAUGAGCAGAAGAUGAAAGUGGAGCCAGUGGAGAAGGACUGGGGCGGCACCAGUGAGGAGGACAAGCCCGGAUGUGAGAGCACCACUGAGGAGAGACGUGAAGACAGCUUGUAUGGUCAGUCAGAGUGCAGCUCUCCUCCGUUCUUAGAGGAACAAGACAUGGACACGGAGGUGGAGGAAAAGGCUGCCAGCCCGGACAUGUGGACAGACGAAGCGGACGGACGAAUCUUUGAAACCAGUCAGAGAGACACAAAUUCACAGAACGAAUCGGAGUCUGAGGCCAAACCAGAAGUCGUGGUUUCCCCAAGCGCCAGGUCAGACUGGGUGAAGGAGGUAGGUGUGGAAGCCUUCUCAGAGAGUCCAACCAUGGAGAAAAAGAACGCAACCUCAGUGAUAGUGAGGGUCCAGGAAUGUGGCAAGACGACGGGUGAUGCCGUCUCCGUCUGCUCUGACUCUGAGCCGCAGAAAGACGAAGUGAGAAGCGACAAUCAGAGCGUGAUUGUGACGGCGUCGGACCGCCCAAAAGUGCCCUACGAAGCGCCACGUCCUGGGAAAGUGAUUGUGACGAACGUGACUGUAAACUGCCUGACGGUGACUUUCAAAGAGGCGAGCUGCAGCGAUGGCUUCUUCAACGGCUGCUGAACCAAGAGAGGGGAACACGGAGAGAGGGAUCAGCAUAACUAUAGUUAGACCUGGCGCUCAUGGUGAAGUAAAUAUCGCAAGCAAAUAGUGUCUGUAAGGUCAUUCCACAUGAUUUUAUGAGUUCAGUAAGACAUCAUUGCCUUGGAAUAAAAGUGAGUGGUGAUUUUAUUAUUA